GCCGCUGGGGCGGGGCGGGCGGAGGGCCGCUGCCCCUGCCCCGGAAGUGCUCGUCUUCCCGGAAGUCCCGCUUCCAGGAGCUCGGUCUCUUUCCGCCGCCAUCUUGGGCCCUACUCCCCGCACAAAAUGCCCGGCGAAGCUACAGAAACCGUCCCGGCCACGGAGCAGGAGCUGCCGCAACCGCAGGCUGAGACAGCUCCAGCUGCCCUUCCUCCCGCAGCCCCUGUUGCAGUGCCAGCUGUUCUUCAUGCUGCUCAUUCCCCACCUCUGACUCCAUCUCCGGGCCCAGCUGGCCAGGCUCUCCCAGCGGAGCCGCCCAGCCCUGCUGCAGCUCUGCCUGCCCCUGCUGGCCCCCGGGCCCCCAUUUCCCCCGCUGUGGUCCCAGCUGCAGCGAUCCCUGUGUUUUCCGUUCCCCCCCAGCUCCCUGCCCCAGCUCUGCAGGUCCCAGUUACCACUUCCCCUCCUCCAGCUCCGCAGUCCCCAAUGGAUUUUGCAGCCCCAGGAUCUCCAGGGCCUGCCCCAGUUAGCCCAGUGUCUCCGGGACCCCCGGCCCCAGUGUCUCCUGCUCUGGCUGCUGCUCCCACAGCAGUGACAGUGGCCCCCUUCGCCCCCACUGUGAGCCCUGGUUCUCCCCCUGCAGCUCUUGCCUCUCCUGUGAAAGCUGCUCCCCCUGCUGCCCCUCUGAGCCCCACAGGAGCUGGAGCCCAGGCCCCUCUCCCUGUCCUCAUGGCAGCCUCGCCAGCCCCUGCUCCUUCCCAGGGCACUGGGGCAGCCCCGGCUGCUCUCCCACCCCCACCUUCCCUUCCCCUUAUGGCAUCUCUCCCGGCAGUAGCCCCCACUCUCCUGCCUUCUUCUGCUGUGCCUCCUGAGGCAGCUUGUCCCCAGAGCCCAGGCUCGCCCCCUCUUCCCGCAGCAGCCCCUCUCUGUCCUGCCGUGGCACCAGCAGCGGCCGCCCCAGCAGUACCAGUGUCUCCUGGCAGCCCUGCCUCCGCUCUGCUGGCUUCUGCUUCGGCCUCUCCCCGAGUCCCAGCCCCCAACUCUUUCCUGCCCCCACUUGCUCCUCCCCAGUGCCCGGCCCUGGCCAGUGCCAUCUCUCCACCUGUCUUCCUGGCUGCCCCCAUGGCCCUGGCCCCGUUGUCACCCCCUGCCCCUUUGCUGCCAGCUGGGAUGUCUCCUGGGAGUCCUGCUUCUGCCGCACAGGGCGUAGCCCCUGGUGCUCCAGUCUCUCCACUGAUUCCUGUUGCUCCUUCUGUUGCCAAGACCUGUCCCACGGGCCAUGCCCCGGCGGCCCCAGCAGCCCCAGCUGUUGCCCCUGUCACCCCUGCAGUUCCAGCUGCAGGAGACCCAGUCCCUCCCUCCAUGGCCGGGACACCUGGGAGCCCAGACCUUUGGGUAGUGCCUGCCACUGCAGCAGCUCCUAUCGCUCCUGCCCUGUCCAAACCCUCUCCGGGAGCUGCCACGUCUCCCCCAGGGCCGCCGACAGCAGCAUCUCCCAGAGCUGUACCAGCAGUGGCCACAGCUGCUCUGGCUAAAACAGCUCCAGUGAGCCCUGUCUCCCCUCUGGCAGCUCCUGUGCCUGCUGCCCCCUCAGCCCCUGCCAGCUCCCCGCCUGUCACACCGGCGGUGCCAGCUCCAGCCACCACUACUGCAGCCAAAGCGGCUCCCCUGAGCCCAGUUGCUGCCCCCUCUGUCCCUGCUGCACUGGCCAUGGCAGCUCCACCAGCUCCAGCUGCCCCUCCUGCAGCCAAAGCAGCUCCUGUGAGCCCAGUUGCUGCCCCAUCUGCUCCCUCUGCCCCUGCUGCACCAGCUCCUGCAGUUCCACCAGCUCUGGCUGCCCCUCCUGUAGCCAAAACAGCACCUGUGAGCCCAGUCACUGCUGAAUCCACCCCCUUGGCCCCUGCCAGCUUCCCGCCUGUCACAUCAGCGGUGACGACUCCAGCCCCCACUACUGCGGCCAAAGGGGCUCCCCUGAGCCCAGUCGCUGUCCCCUCUGCCCCUGCUGCACCAGCUCCUGCAGCUCCACCAGCUUCAGCUGCCCCUCCUGCAGCCAAAGCGGCUCCCAUGAGCCCGGUCACUGCCCCAUCUGCUUCCUCUGCCCCUGCUACACCAGCUCUGGCUGCCCCUCCUGCAGCCAAAGCGGCUCCCGUGAGCCCAGUUACUACCCCCUCUGCCCCUGCUACACCAGCUUCUGUAGCUCCACCAGCUCUGGCUGCCCCUCCUGUAGCCAAAGCAGCUCCCGUGAGCCCAGUCACUGCCCCGUCUGCUCCCUCUGCCCCUGCUGCACCAGCUCCUGUGGCUCCACCAGCCCCAGCUGGAGCCCCUCCUGCAGCCAAAGCAGCUCCUGUGAGCCCGGUCACUGCCCCAUCUGCCCCUGCUGCACCAGCUCCUGCAGCUCCGGCUGCCCCUCCUGCAGCCAAAGCGGCUCCUGUGAGCCCGGUCAGUGCCCCAUCUGCCCCUGCUGCACCAGCUCCUGCUGCUCCGGCUGCCCCUCCUGCAGCCAAAGCGGCUCCUGUGAGCCCGGUCACUGCCCCAUCUGCCCCUGCUGCACCAGCUCCUGCAGCUCUGGCUGCCCCUCCUGCAGCCAAAGCGGCUCCUGUGAGCCCGGUCACUGCCCCAUCUGCCCCUGCUGCACCAGCUCCUGCAGCUCUGGCUGCCCAUCCUGCAGCCAAAGCAGCUCCCAAAAGCCCUGUUGCCUCUUCCUCAACCCCAGCCACACCAGCUCCUCCAGCCCCACCAGCUCCAGAUGCCCCCACCACGGCCAGAAAGCCUCCAAAAAGCAGCCCUGUUGCUGCCCCGUCUGUUCCCUCUGCCCCUGCUGCUCCAGUGCCGGCGGCUCCACCAGCUCCAGCCGCCCCUGCUGCGGCCAAAGCACCUCCCAAGAGCCCUGUUGCAGCCACACCAGCUCCUGCAGCUCCACCAGCUCCAGCUGCCCCCCUAGCAGUCCCUGCCCCACCACCUGGCACACUGGCUCCCACUCCAGCCCCGGUGGUUCCUGGUGCUCCCCCGAAGCCAUCGGCCGAUCGUGCUGCCCCUGCUUCCCAGAAACCAGAAGCCGGCCUUCCUGGCUCUGCCCCGGUGGGUAACAUCCCACCGCCUGCCUCUUCUGCACUGAGCGCUACCCCUGCGAAGCAGCAGCCCCCUCUCAGUAAGGUUGCCAAGCUGGCCCCCCGCCAGCCCCCAUCCAAACCCCCCUCGAAGGCCCCGGCCCCUGUCAGCGCUGCCGUCGACGACGAUGACCUGCCGCCUCUGAUCCCCCCAGAGCUGCCCGCUGCCGAGCCGCCGGUGCAGCCCAUCCUGGUGGACCUCUCUCCCCGAGCAGCCAUGGCCCCUACUGAGGCCCCUACUGAGGCCCCUGCUCCUCCAGCUAAGCAGCCUGUCCUGAAGAAUGACAAGGGGUCCGGAACAGAGUCUGACAGUGAUGAAUCCGUACCAGAGCUCGAAGAGCAAGACUCCACACAGGCCACAACACAGCAGGCACAGCUUGCAGCAGCAGCUGAAAUAGAUGAAGAACCCGUUAGCAAAGCAAAACAGAGCCGGAGCGAAAAGAAAGCACGGAAGGCAAUGUCUAAACUGGGCCUUCGCCAGGUAACAGGAGUAACCAGAGUCACCAUCCGGAAAUCUAAGAACAUCCUCUUCGUAAUCACAAAGCCAGACGUGUACAAGAGCCCAGCGUCAGACACCUACAUAGUCUUUGGCGAAGCGAAGAUCGAAGACCUGUCCCAGCAAGCCCAGCUGGCAGCUGCCGAAAAGUUCAAAGUGCAAGGAGAAGCUGUUUCAAACAUCCAAGAAAACACACAGACCCCCACCGUGCAGGAGGAGAGCGAAGAAGAAGAGGUUGACGAAACUGGCGUCGAGGUGAAAGACAUUGAGCUGGUGAUGUCCCAGGCGAACGUGUCCCGAGCAAAGGCAGUCCGUGCCCUGAAGAACAACAGUAACGAUAUUGUAAAUGCUAUAAUGGAGUUGACGAUGUAGCUGCCAGAGGGAGGAGCCUUUUUUGGUGUUUCAGAGAAGAGUAAAAUGCAACUAAAUUUAAAAUUUGUACUAUUUCUAUCAAUUAAUAAAAGUUGUGGCUUAUUGUUCGUGAAA